AUGCCCCGCGCGUUCGCCGCCGCGCUCGGCGUGAAGCACUCGACGCUCCUCGGCGCGUUCGCGAGCGCCGGCGUCCCGGUCUCGUCCCUGCGCGGCGACAUCCCGCUCGUCAUGCUCGCGACGCUCGGCGCGAUCCUCGCCGCGCAGAUAAUCUCCAAGCUCCUCCUCCGCCCUCUCCGCGACCGGCGCGAACCUCGGGACGCGCGCGAGCCGUCCGUGGUCCUCGUCACCGGCGCGUCGAGCGGCCUCGGGAAGCUCGUCGUGGACGCGGUGUCCGAGGCGUUUCCGAGCGCGGUCGUGUACGGCACCUCGCGCAGCGGAUGGCAGCCGCCGAGAAAAUUGCCGUGGUCGCCGAGUCGGUCUCCGAGAGGGAUCGAGCCGCGCGACGACAACGGUGAGAGGCUGACGGACGGGCUGCUGCAGCUCGACGUCACGGACGAGGCGAGCGUGGAGAGGUGCGUGAACGCGAUCGUCGACCGGCACGGGAAGCUGGACGUCCUGAUCAACAACGCGGGCGCGGUGAUCGCCACGCGCGGCGUCGCGACCAAACACGACGACGCGAAAUCGCAGGCGCGUUCUGUACACUGGUUCCCAUACGACCGCGUUCGCGUUGUGAACGCCGAUCCUUAA